AGAUUGUGAAAAAUAAAAAGAAUUACAUAAAGAUGGAUUUUAUUUUGAAAUGAAAAAAACUCUAAAAAUUUGUAGAUGUCCUAAAUGUAAAAACCUGUGUGAAAAAAUUUCUGGGUGUAAUUUUAUGUAUUGCAGAUGUAAAACUAAUUUUUGCUUCCUAUGCGAUGUGGAACUCAUAGAAGCUGUAAUUUUAAAAAAAUAAUAUUAGUAUCAUUCAUCACAUUUCUAAAAAAAUGAUCCAUAUAACAGUCCAUGUAGAGUAUGGUACAAUGGAACUUGGGUAGAUCCGGAUAAAGUUCCAAAGAUUAUUGCUGAAACAAAGUAAUAAAUUGAGUAAGUUGAUCAAAUUGUAGAGAAAGAAAACAAAAUACCUUGUCCAAAUUGCUAAUCAAAACAGAAAAUGAUUUGCCAACUUUUAUAUUUCGAUAAAAUCAUCUAAUGUUCGAGCGUGAAAUGUCAACAAAAAGCUUUUUGCAUAUCUUGUAAAAAAUAAGUCAAUUUAAACGAUCCCAUGAGCCAUUUCAACGUUUAAUCAAAUUAAUGCAAAUUUAUAUGA